UCCUGCUUGCUAGUGCUCGUCGGUCGGUGGCUGUGUUGACCCUGAAGCUUUGACAGCGUCCGCUUCCUCUACCUCUCUCGUCUUCUCGCUCUCGGCUAUCUCUGCGCAAUUUCUUCCUCCACUGCAGCGGCGCCGGCUGUAAUUGCCCAACUGAAGUGAAAGAGGAUGCUAUUGUUGUGGUUUUACAGCCUCCAUCAUGUCUUGGUGCACCAUAGAGUCCGACCCAGGUGUCUUCACGGAACUUAUACAGCAGAUGCAAGUAAAAGGCGUGCAGGUGGAGGAGUUGUAUUCCUUGGACCUUGACUCUUUAAACAAUCUCAGGCCUGUGUACGGUCUUAUUUUUCUUUUCAAAUGGCGCCCUGGGGAGAAAGAUGACCGCGUUGUAAUUAAGGAUCCAAAUCCUAAUCUAUUUUUUGCCAGUCAGGUAAUAAAUAAUGCAUGUGCAACUCAAGCAAUUUUGUCCAUUCUGCUGAACUGCCCGGACAUAGAUAUUGGCCCAGAACUGUCAAAGCUGAAGGAAUUUACGAAGAACUUUCCCCCUGAACUCAAAGGUCUGGCUAUCAAUAACAGUGAGGCCAUUAGGACAGCACACAACAGCUUUGCGAGGCCCGAGCCAUUUGUUCCGGAGGAGCAGAAAGCAGCUACCAAAGACGAUGAUGUGUACCAUUUCAUUAGUUAUCUACCAGUUGAUGGGGUAUUAUAUGAACUUGAUGGGCUCAAGGAGGGGCCAAUUAGCCUUGGGCAGUGCCCAGGUGGACCCGGCGACAUGGACUGGUUACAGAUGGUCCAGCCCGUGAUCCAGGAACGCAUUGAGCGGUACUCUCGGAGCGAGAUCAGAUUUAAUCUGAUGGCCAUAAUUAGAAACAGAAAGGAGAUGUACACAGCUGAACUGAAAGAACUACAGAAAAAGCGAGAACGCAUCUUACAGCAGCUAUCAGAGCGGCUUGUUGAUAGUGCCGGUUAUGAGGCACUGAACAAAUCGCUCUCGGAAGUAAAUGCGGGUAUUGAGAGCGCUACUGAAAAGAUUCUGAUGGAGGAAGAGAAAUUCAAGAAGUGGAGAACGGAGAACAUUCGGAGAAAACAUAAUUAUAUCCCUUUCCUGUUCAACUUCCUCAAGCUUCUUGCAGAGAAGAAGCAAUUGAAACCCCUCAUUGAGAAGGCCAAGCAGAAGGCAAACAACUCAAGUUGAGGCUAUACUUUUACUGACAGUUGGACGAUAUGGUUAACCUGAUCCUUUCUGGGGCCCUCAUCUCUUGAAGGGCUUUACCGAACUGGGCAGAUACUGUCUAGGAGUUAUCAGAAAUCCAUUUUUUGGCUUUUGUUUAGCUAUGUUGUGUCAUGCAAUGCAUCGGUAGACUUUUCAACAAUAGGGUUUAGAAUGUUCUUCAAGUUGCUUGUCUGUCGAACUUAGUUACGUUCCUCAUCGUAAGAGGUUUCGUUUUGUACACAGACAUGAGUAUAGUUGCAAAGAGAUUUUAUCAGUUCUUUAUUUGCCAUA